CUGUGGUUUUCUCUUGUGCAGUUCUCGGUCGACAUGGUUGACGAGCAGAGGUUCAAGCUGAAAAGCUCGGACACAUCCUGUUUUAAUCCCGGUAAGAGUGAUUUGGCAAUUAAAACUAAUCAGUUCCAGGUUGGAACAGUAGUUUUGUAUGGAGUACCAAUAGUAUCGUUAGUCAUUGAAAACCAAGAAAGAUUAUGUUUAGCCCAAAUUUCAAACACCCUCCUCAAGCAAUUCAGUUAUAACGAAAUUCAUAACAGAAGGGUUGCCUUAGGAAUAACAUGUGUGCAAUGUACUCCAGUUCAGUUGGAGAUUUUACGAAGGGCCGGUGCAAUGCCAGUUUCUUCGCGUAGAUGUGGUAUGAUUACCAGAAGAGAGGCAGAACGUCUUUGUAAAAGCUUCCUCGGGGAUAAUUCGCCGCCGAGACUCCCAGACGAUUUCGCUUUUGCGGUUCACCACGAGUGCGCUUGGGGAUGUCGAGGUUCUUUCUUGCCGUCGAGAUACAAUUCAUCCAGAGCAAAAUGCAUCAAAUGCACCAUAUGUGGGUUGUUUUUCUCUCCAAACAAAUUCAUCUUCCAUUCUCAUCGAUUGGGACCCAACGAUAAAUAUGUCCAACCGGAUGCGGCAAAUUUUAAUUCAUGGAGACGUCAUAUGAAGUUAUCGGGGGAUUCCCCCGAAGAAAUUGUUCACGCUUGGGAAGACGUGAAAGCUAUGUUUAAUGGUGGCACGCGAAAAAGAUUGUUGAGCGGCUCAGUUUCACCAAGAACCUCCAAACAUCAUUGCAAACCAACUCCAGAAACGCAACCAACUCCCGUUAUUCCAUCUCCUAGAAUACCAAGUUGCCAAGAUGUCUCGUUGCCUAUUUCAAGGGUGGCGAUGGAUUUUAUCUACCACAAACCAUUCGCCUUUGCCUCAUACUCAACUUUUCCCUGGCUAAAACGGAACUCAAUCGUGUUCCCCAGCGAAAAUCCGUUCUUUUCCGUCGACAGAUCAUAUCAGUCCGCUUUCAAGCCGGUUCAGCAACAACCUUGCGGCAGCUUUACACCCCAAAAGGAGGAACAGAGCGAUGACGAGGUGGACAUCGAAACGACGGAUGAAAUCGAGGACAAGAAUCAAGCAAAAUGCUUCCAAUAAUCUGCUCAACACCGUAGGAUAGUUCGUUACAAAAAAAUCAAGUGGAUAUAGCAUCUAGUCGUGUUACGGAAAGUGAUUUAGACGUAUAAAAAAAGUUUCACCUUCAGAGCGAGCAUAUGCAUAAGCGAUGUAUAAACCAUGUAUUUCUAUUAUAAUUGAAUGUAC